UUGGGGGAAAUUCCCAACAAUUAUUAACUCGUCCAGCAGAACACGGCUCUUUACUCUGCCUUCACAUCGUGCUUUCAUUGCUGCAAAAUGUGUCUCAGGACUCUUGGAUUUGUCCUCGUUUUGUUUCCUGGAUUGCUUCAAGCACAGGGUUGUGAUCCUCCCAGACUGGUUCAUGGUAACUUUCUCCCCAGACAAGAGACUUACUCUGACAGAACCACGAUCACUUAUUCCUGUGAUAACGGAUAUAAACCUGUAGUGGAGGGUUGGUGGGCAACCAGUACCUGUGAACGUGGGAAAUGGUCUCAUGAACCGCAAUGUAUAGUGGAAGUACACUAACGAUAACAUGCGAUGGAGGAUUUGAGCACCAAAACCAGAUCAACACCACUACCUGUGGAAAUGGAAAAUGGUCCUCUGCACCAGUCUGUGAGAGAAGUAUGAGUGCAUGCAGUGCACCUCCUAAAAUCCCCCAUGCAGUCAUCAUUCAUGGAUACCAGGAAGUGUUUGCAGCAGGUUCAGAAGUGCAGUAUGAGUGUGAAGACGGAUACACUGCACACACCGAGAAAUCUGUUUGUAUACAGGGAAACUGGACACCAGUGCCAACAUGCAGUAAGUGGUCAUGAGUUAAAAUUCUUGAC